ACAGACCCCGGUUGCAAUCAGUAAUAUAUCUGGAUGUGACCGUCACAAUAAGAUGAAGGUCGUGAUAGUAUUGUACGCGUUGAUCUCCGCUCGCGCAUACGCCGCUAGCAUAAACACAGGGUCCGUUGAGGCAGACUAUGAGACCAUAGUGGUAGGUCUGGGCGCUGCGGGCACCACAGCCGCGGCCACACUAACGCAGGCUGGGGUGAGGGUGCUAGCGCUGGAGGCGAUGGAUAGGGUGGGUGGGAGAGUGCACACGGUGCCAUUUGGGGGUGGAGUGGUUGAGAUGGGGGCUGAGUGGAUCCACGGCACAUCACCCAGCAGAACCUACGACUUAGCAACCAAGAAUGGUGUAAAACUCAUAGAGCAGGACGAAAAUACAGAGGUGUACUCUUCAGACGGCAGCAGAGCCAACAGUAGCCUUAUCAGCGAACUGGUGAUCCAGGCUGUAGGAGCUAUUAACGAACAUUCAGAUGUCAAUGAAUCUAUAGGGGAGUUCCUUACAAGAAAAUUAAAGGAGUACCUAAAAGAGCAUUACCCAGACGUGCUUCAAGACAAGGAAUUUCUUGCCGAAGUUUUCAACCUCCUGGACCAGGGGAUUGGGAGCAACGAGGGGAGUAGCAGUUGGAAUGACGUCACUACUAAAGGCCAGUACCAGGAGUUGAAUGGACACCAAUAUGUGAGCUGGGGACGGAAUGGAUAUAAGACACUUUUCGAUAUACUAUUGAAUAAAUACAAUAAUGGUUCAGGGCUGCCAUCAUUAACGAUAAAUCUGAAGAGCGAAGUGAUCAAGAUCUCGUACUCCGAUGACCCAAAACAGAAGGUGUCCGUGACGACCGCAGAUGGCGCUGUCUACACCGCUGACAAUGUCAUUGUCACUGUCUCUCUGGGGGUUUUGAAGGCCAAACAUACAGAGCUGUUCUCUCAACCGCUACCACAAGCAAAACUGACAGCCAUAGACAAAAUAUCAAUGGGUGUCCUCGGAAAAAUCAUAUUCUUGUUUCCCGAACAUUGGUGGGGGAAAACGGAGGAUACUAUAUGUUUCUUCUGGAAGGCUGACGACAGGAGAAACGUUUCUGAUGAGGACGCGUGGUUGUUGAAAACGUCAUGGAUUUCAACCCCCAUGGGGUCCAAUAAUGCAUUGACUUUUUGGACCUCUGGUGAUACGGCGAAGAUGGUCGAGGCAAUACCUGAAGACGUAGUGAAAAGAAAACUAAUGAGUCUGAUCAGGAGGUUCAUGGGGAAGGACGUGGAGAUACCCGAUCCUAUUGCAAUGACGAGGACCACGUGGUUCCACAACCCCUACACGCGCGGAAGCUACACAUACGACAACCUACUCACGCCGCAGUACCCCACGGCGCGGGUCGACCUCGGGGCGCCUAUCACUGACUCAGCUGGCAACCCCAGAGUCCUGUUCGCGGGAGAGGCCACAGACCCGCAACACUUCUCAACGGUCCACGGCGCGACCGACACCGGACACAGGGAGGCGACACGGUUACUCGAACGGAGAAGCGGUUAAAAUUCAUCUGUAUUUCAUAAAUCUUUUACGUUUAUAAGUAGAAAAAUGGAUCUUUAACGAACUAAAUUUUUCGCUAUGGUAAUGUUACGGCUGAACCCCGAAGUGCUAGUAGUAAAAAAACUCUUUGAUUUUUCCACUUUUUAAAACAAACAUAUUGAGUGUAACUUUUGAGCAGUUGCAUCUUAAUACGCUUCGAUAGCUUGUCUAGUAAUUAUUGAGAUAAAUAACAAAGCAAUGCUGAUGUUCUUGCCUAUAAUGCGAAAAGGAAAACUUUACAAUAUAAAAUACGAAUUGACGUUAUCGUAGCCGCGUCGGCGAGCGAAGUGAGAGUUGCGCGCGCAGCCGGCGAGCGGCAUCCCCCCGCGCCCCUCACCCCUCGCCGAGGAUUGCGGUGUGGCCGCAACACAUCAUUACAAUAAUAUAUGUUAAUAUUGAUACCAAUGAUAGAUGUAAGUUUUAUGUAAAGAAAAUAAAAAUAAAAUAAUUUAUGGGUUAUAAAGUAACUGGAAAUUACAGUUACUAACUAUAUAUUAAAUAGACCAAUAAUAUAUCAAUUAGCGGUGGUAGACGUCCGCCUGUGGAUCGGAAAGGUCCCAGGUUCGAAUCCCACUCGCACCACAUGAGUUUUCAUCGACCACCACUUGCUUCCGGUGAAGGAAAACAUCGUGAGGAAACCUGUACACUGGUUGAUUAUUAUUAUCUUGUAUGUGAAACGGAGAAGGCAAUGACAAACCACUCCAUUAAUAAUGCCAAGAAAGUUGUUGUGUGUUUCAUUCCACGUAAUAACCACGACCCUCAGCCAUGAGAAAUACGACUAUGAAGAAUAUCAAUUAGACCAAUAAACUGUCUGUCUGUGUACUGUUUUUAUGGGACUAACAGAACACACCUUUUUUUUUUUAUUUGCCUGUCUGUCCGUAUGUUUGCUCGUGAAAAUGUGUGAGUUAUGGUCGUAAUGAAACACGAGCUCCGUAAACAAAAACAGUUAUCACAU